AUGAAAUUUUAUAGCAUUUUUGCAAUUGUUUUAUCAUUAUCUUUUAUUGGCGCCUCAAACAAUAAUAAAGAUUCCCCUGCAAAUCCGACUCCCGAUAAUCCAAAUAAUGAUGGAAAUGUUCACAUUCUAACAAAAGAUAUAGACUUAAAACAAUUACAAGGAACAUACUACGAAAUUGCAACAAAUGCAUCUGAUAAAAUAUUUCCAGGAUUAUUAUGUAGAUGUACUAAAUACGAUUUUUCUGGUUUAAGAAGAGAUGGAAACUCUGCAUAUAUAUUAAUUAACUUUGCAUGCGAUCGAAAUUUUAUUUUUGGAGAAAAAAAAUCAGAAAUGUUAUUUAAAUUAAUUUUAAAUAAACCCGUUGAUGAAAACACUACUGUUGUUGAUGAAUUCAAUUCAAGUAUUUACAUUGUCCAAGGAAAUCAACAAAUAUUAUUAAAUAGCAACUUAAAUAUUAUAUAUGCCGAAAUGAAUGAACAAAAUGAAUAUGAACAUAUUAUUAUUGCAGGAAAUAAAUCAGUUGAACCAAUGAUAAUUUUAUCUAAAUACAGAACUAUACUUUUAGAGACAUAUAAUAAAUUAUUAAAUGCUCUUUACGUUGCUGGUUAUGAUCCAUCCCUUUUAAACUGGCCAUUCAUUCUCCAAACUGAUCAAACUUUCUGUGAUUAA